CCGCCCCCGUACCGCGUGGAGGUGACGGCCUUGCUCCCUCACUCUCUUGGAUUAUUACUUGGUGUCGCGUUGAAACUUUCUGCCUCCAGAACGGAGGUGGUGAUGGUGACACCUCUCCGUAUUUUUCCGCGUAUCUUGAAGAACACUGAAAGGCAACGAGCUACGAAGGACAGACGAGACACUCCACGCCCAGCCACACGAGGAGCAGAAAGCAGACACUCUAAGGGGUUCAAACUCACGCGCGAGGGACUCUAUUCUUUCGGGACGAGGACCAGCGGGAAACUGUCCGCAGCGCGCCAUCGACCCGCCAGACAAUUGUGCAAAUUAGAAGUGGUCAUCUGUUGUGUUUAUCGGCGGUCGGUAAGCCAAACCAGUCAAUCGCUCCAAUCAGGUGUAGGUGUCGGCCAUGCCAAUCGGUCUUGCCGGCAAAUCGUGCCAAUCAGCUUUACAAAUGAGCUGCAGUGAUCAGCCGGGCCCAUCGCUCCUGUCAAAUAGCCGCGCCACGACACCCAUCACGCCCGCUGAUUGAACAGAGCCGGGCCCGCGCCUAAGAGAUUACUGGGCGAGGGAGGAAAAGGAUGGUGAAGGAGCCGUAAUGGGCUCUUUGUGGCGGGGGAAAGAAUGAACCAGUACUGUGAGAUGAACAACUGAAGGAAAUUUAUACAAUUAUGUGAGAAAAACGUGAAAGUGCACUUGAAAGUUGCAUUUCCUGGUAAUAAUUUCUCGUGAUAAAUAUACUGAUAGAACAACGUAAAAAGUACAAAACGUAAACUAUAAAUUAAGAAAUGAAAAUAAACUAUAAAUGGAAGUGUGCAUAAAAAAGUUUAAGACGUUAGUUAUGGUGUUUUUCACAGUAUUUUAUAGUGACUGAUUUUUCUGCAAUUUUUACAUUUAAAAGUGCAAGAACGUUCAUAGGGAAAUAAAUUUCACUGUAAUAACUAAAGUGACGACUCUUUUAAGUAUAGUCGGUGACGCCGAAACAAGCCGCUUGUUCUACCUAUCAAAGACAAAUCUGCCAUGAUUGGUGAGAGGAAACGAGUGUUGAACAAAAUCACUUUUACGAUGGAACAAAACAGUACAAUGGUGCCUCACACGGAGUCAUCGGCCGCCGUUUCUGCCAGUUGUAGCAGCAAUCAUAUUGGUCGCCGAGGCUCGUCGAAAACCACUGACAAGUAUAGUCUCCGCCCGAGAACUGUUGUCCGGAGGCUACAACAGGUGGACAGGAGUCGAGAUACGAGCAGCUUCAAGACAAGUGAACCGAAAGCCUCCAAGUCAAGGCCGCCGCCACUGUCAAAGUAUCGCCGCAAGACAGCCAACGCCCGAGAGAGGCACCGCAUGAAGGAGAUCAACGACGCCUUUGAGACGCUGCGCCGUAUUCUGCCAGACUUCUGCAGCAGCAGAGUGGUGGCCGCGUCCACCAUGACCAAGAUCACAACUCUGCGGCUGGCGGCGAGCUACAUCAGGGCGCUUUCGCACAUCCUAGAAGACGGAAGGCGACCCGGAAACAUCAACUUCCUGGGAGAAAUUCACCUCGAGCAUACGCUACCUGCCCAACACCUGCCUCAGCCUCCCACGGCCUUUCCAGGGAACACCAACGCCCAUACUCUUCAAAGUCACACUUCAGAGGAGUCCGCGAAUGUCUCCCCGCUCGCUUCCUUCUCCUCCUCCUCUUUAUCUCCCUCCUCCUCCUUUACCAACUCUUCUCCUACCUCUUCAUCCUCCUCCUCGUACCCGCCCUUCUCACACCUCCGAUGUUCCUUUGGCAGCAGCAGCGACCUGAGUGACUUGCUCUCUGACGACUCGUGUUGUGUAUUGGACGAUAAUCUUGACUUGUUUGACGACAUUCCUCCACUCCCCGAGGCUGACCCCUUCGCCCUCCUUCUGGCACCCGACGGGGCAAUGCAGGUGCCGGAGUCGUGACCUGAACUCGUCUACUCACUCGUCACCUCAAUGCCCCCACACCUGCGCUCCGCCCGUCUUGUUGCUGCCACCCACAGAUUAAAACGAGACAACAAACCCACUUCAACUAAUUAACGAAAGAAACAAACUAUAAGCCGAGUGCAAAUAAUAAUGUGUUAUUUAUGAAAGUGUAUAACAUGCAUAUAUCUGUUUUAUUUACUUGACUAACACCACUCGAAACAAUGAAACCCAAAGGCAAACAAUAUUGAGUGAUGAAAAUAAUGAAAUGGUUAAAAACUAUGAAAACAAGACCUAAGUGUUGUGUGUUUUACUGAGUGUGUGUGUUAGGGGUGUUGUGUGUGUGUGUGUGUGUGUGUGUGUGUGUGUGUGUGUGUGUGUGUGUGUGUGUGUGUGUGUGUGUGUGUGUGUGUGUGUGUGUGUGUGUGUGUGUGUGUGUGUGUGUGUGUGUGUGUGUGUGUGUGUGUGUGUGUGUGUGUGUUUACUGUUGAUACACGAGUGAGCGUUCCCUUUAGGCUGUCCGCGAUGGCCUUCCAGAUUGGGAGGAAUUGAAUAUGACUGAGGCCCACCGAUGUGUGUGUGUGUGUGUGUGUGUGUGUGUGUGUGUGUGUGUGUGUGUGUGUGUGUCAUUUUUAUCAUCAGGUGCGACAAACUUACAUAGAAACAUGCAUAGAAACUCACGAAUGUGCGCACACACACACACACACACACACACACACACACACACACACACACACACACACACA